ACCAUAAUGGAGCAAGCAAACCCUACACAGCCGGUGGCUCUUAUCGUGGGCGUCACUGGCAUGGUGGGUGUUGCCCUCACCGAGGCCUUAAACAAACCGACCGCAUUAGGCGGUCCUUGGACGGUCUACGGUGUAUCGCGGCGACCAUUACCCACCUGGUUCCCAUCCUCCAUCCUCAACAAACACAUGAUUCUAGACACCCUAAACCAACAACAAACACAUGAAAUCUUGUCUCCACUUUCCUCCCAAAUCACCCAUGUCUUCUGGUUGGCUUUACAAGUCAACGAAAGUGAACAAGUCAACAUUUCCCUCAACUCCACUAUGCUUUCUAAUGUCCUUAAGUCGUUGACUUCUUCUCCAACCUCAAAACUAAGUCACGUGACGUUGCAAACAGGCACAAAACAGUAUCUAGGCCCAGUUUUCGAUCCAAUUCUUUCAACUCAACUUGUCCCACGUGACCCACCCUUCAUAGAGGAUUACCCUAGACUACCUUUUCCAAAUUUCUACUAUGCUUUGGAAGACAUUUUAGCUUCCUACUCAAACUCUUUAACUUAUUCUGUGCAUCGCGCUUCUCUAAUCAUCGGCGCGUCAACAAGAAGUUUCUAUAAUCUGCUACUCACGCUCGCGGUCUACGCGUUAGUUUGCAAACACCAAAACCAUCCCUUCAGGUAUUUUGGUAACAAGUACAGUUGGGAACACUUUUGGGAUGUGUCUGAUGCUAGAGUACUAGCUGAACAGCAAAUAUGGGCGUCAGUGACAGACAAGGCAAAUAAUGAAGCAUUUAAUUGCACAAACGGUGAUGUGUUUACGUGGAAAAUGAUAUGGAGGGUACUUUGUGACGCGUUUGAUAUUGAGUUUGUGCCGUUUGAUGAAAAAGAAGAGUUUGAUUUGGUGGAGUUCAUGAAGGAUAAAGGAGAAGUUUGGGAUAGAAUUGUUGAAGAGAAUGGAUUAUACAAGACAAAAAUGCAGGAGAUAGCUUAUUUUAAUGGAAUAGAUAAACUUUUACAAUUUGAGUUUCAACAUGUUUGUAGCGUGAAUAAGAGUCGAGAAUUUGGGUUUCAUGGCUAUGCAAAUACGCUCAAGAGUAUACCAGAAUGGGUUCAGAAGUUGAGACAAAUGAAAAUACUUCCAUAAGGGUUUUAAUUUUUGGUUACAAAAAUGCCUUCUCUAGAAAAGAUGGUGUAUGAAUAAUUGUAUUCAAAAGUUAAUUUAAUUAUGACUUGUUGAUUUUAAUCAAAUUAAAUAAAACUAGUGUGAUUUCCUGUGUGA